CGGAAGCGGUGCGUGAGCGCGUGUCGUCGGCGGCCCAAACGCCCAGAUGUCUUGUGAGAAUUCGCGUUGGUAAAAGCGAGUUACGAGUUACGAGUUACGAGUUAAUGAAUUAACUCGUCAGCGACGCCGCUGUUGUUGUUGUUUUGUCCUGUCAGACAUGGGAGCCAAUAACAGCACGCGCCGUGUGUCGUUCGAGUCAGACGAGAACGAAAACGUAACGGUUGUGAAGGGCAUCAGGCUCUCAGAGAACGUCAUCAAUCGCAUGAGGGAGCAAUCAGCCCCACAACAGGCAACGUCACCCCCACCUUCCCCUCCUCCUCCCCAACCCAAAGCUGAACCUCUAUCCCCAGUGUUGCCAAUACAUCCUCCACCUCCACCGGCUCCUGAGCCCGUAGCCCGCUCUGCACCUAUAGAAACAGUGCCACCUGCUGUAUCCACACCUAUAGCGGAAAUAGUCACCUCUUCCCUACCUGUAGAACCUGUUGCACCUCCUCCACCUAUAGAGCCUAUCGCUUCCCCUCCCCUUGCCCCUGUUCCUGCUUCUGAGCUUGCUGCACCUCCACCUGUGGAAGUAAUUGCCCCCUGUCCCCCAGCUGAGCCUGCCGCCCCACCUGCUAUUGCCCCCACUGAAGCUACUGUGCCCCCUGCUGUAAAGGAACCUGUUGCUCCACCUCCACCUUUGGCAGUUAAUGAACCAGAGUUGAGAAGAAAGAUCGCGGAAGAGUUGCAGAAAGGCCUGGAAGAGGAGAGAUACAAGGCACAACAGGAGCUCCAGCAGUGGCUGGAGAAGGAGCGAUCCCAGGUGUAUGCGAAGGCCCACGCAGAUGCCCAGGCCCAGGUGCAGGACGAGGUGAGCAGAAUUCUGGCUGCGGAGAGAGUAGCCGCUCAGGACAGCGUCCAGCGAGCUGUGCUCCGAGAGAGAAUCACCACUGAGGACGAGAGGCUCCGAGCUCAGCUCUAUGGGAUGGAGCGCAAGGCCAAGCAGUUGGAGGACAGAGACCUAGAGCUGAGGAAGCAGGAUGCCUUCUACAGAGAACAAGUGGCCAAGCUGGAGGAGAGGAGUGCCCAGUUCUACAAGCUCACCAACGAGAACUACCACAAAGCCGCAGAUGAAGUGAAUGCUAAAUUCAAGCGGUAUGAAAUCAGUCCUGUGUGUGCGAACCUACAGAGUCAGAUUCUGAACUGCUACAAAGAGAACACAGGAAAGACGCUGCUCUGCUCCAAUAUUGCCUCCCUCUACCUGCAGUGCGUCAACAGUGCUAAGCAGAACAAGUUGAGGACCGGAGGCUAAUGCUGAGGGACGGAGGAGAAGCAGCCGAGUUUGUGGCAGAGGUAGAGGACAGCAGAGGCACCACUGGAUACACACCUGACCCAGAGGAACAGUACAGAAACCACGACAACUAGAGAAAUGGGACACCCUCCAUCCCCUCCUUUACCUGCUCCCUUCACUCCUGCACCCCUCUUUCCUCCCUUUCUGCUCCCUCCAUUUCUUCGUGCUCCUCUUAUCCAGAGCAGCACAGUGUUGCAGCUAAGAGAGCCGUAAGAGGUGUAGUAAGUACCCUGUGCCGAACAUCUAGAGCCAAGGAACACGUCUCAGAACGGCUCUACUAGGAUGGACCUGACUUGGAAGUUAAGACAAACCAAAUGAAACCAAACAUAAACCUCAACAAAAGAAACCUGGCCUUGUCUUCAGCUAGUUUUUCCGUCUUGUUUAGAUAUAAUAACUCACUGGAAGCAGGCGAGCAAAAGGUUAAGAGGAAAAUUUCCCUUGAAAUAACCUGGAUCAUGUGCAAAGGUAAACACGCUGCUCACACCUGCGCAACAUGACCACGUCUAUCAAAGUGGCUCGUCCUCUCACUGAUGUCCAUCUCUUUAUGCACUAGCCCACCCAUCCUAACUGUUCAUCGUGUCUUUGUGUGUAACUUUGAUUUUGUUUCUGCUUUAUUUUUGCUUUUCUUCUGCAUGAGAGCCAUUGUUCGGACUGCCUGAUCUGUCAGGGAGAAUAAAAGGAAUGAAACUGGAAACCUGAA